AUGUCUGAUCUAGCUAACAAGAUGGAAAAUCUGAGCGUUAACGAUUCCAACGGUAACAAGAGCUCUUACGUACCGCCACACAUGCGUGGGAAAAGAGGCGGCGGUCGUGGAGGAGCCAGCUUCGCCAACAACGACAGAGAGGGUGGAUCCCACUCUUAUUUCAGCGGCGGAAGAGGCCAGGGCAACGGUAGAAACGGCGGCUCGUUCUUUGGCGGCAGAAGCGGUGGUUUCGGCGGCGGUAACGACCGCGGCAGAGGUGCUUCCCGUGGUGUCGGUCGCUGGGUUGGUGGAAAACACGUUCCAGCUGCCGUUGACGAAGGCUUGGAACUACAACUUUUCGGAACCGCUGAAGACUCCAACUUCCAGUCCUCCGGUAUCAACUUUGACCACUACGACGAUAUUCCUGUCGAAGCUUCCGGUAACGACGUUCCAGAGCCUAUCACAGAGUUCACUUCGCCUCCACUAGACUCUUUGCUUUUGGAAAACAUCGUUAAGGCUCGUUUCACUAAACCCACCCCUGUGCAAAAGUACUCGGUUCCUAUCAUUGCUGCCAAGCGUGAUUUGAUGGCUUGUGCCCAGACCGGUUCCGGUAAGACCGGUGGGUUUUUGUUCCCCGUGCUUUCCGAGUCCUUUGCCAACGGUCCAGCCGCUGUUCCAGAACAAAUGGCCAACACUUAUAUCAAGAAAGCCUUUCCAACUGCUGUGGUCUUGGCCCCAACUAGAGAAUUGGCUACUCAAAUUUAUGAUGAAGCCAAGAAAUUCACUUACCGUUCGUGGGUUAGACCAUGUGUCGUCUACGGUGGUGCCGACAUUGGAAGUCAGAUCAAGGAAUUGAACCGUGGUUGCGACUUGCUUGUGGCCACUCCAGGUCGUCUAUCUGACUUGCUUGAGCGUGGUAGAAUUUCUCUAUGCAACAUCAAAUACCUGGUUCUUGACGAAGCCGACAGAAUGUUGGAUAUGGGUUUCGAACCUCAAAUCAGACACAUCGUCGAUGGCUGUGACAUGCCUUCUGCUUCAAACAGACAAACACUCAUGUUUUCCGCCACUUUCCCAACGGACAUCCAGCAUUUGGCCCGUGAUUUCUUGGAGGACUACGUCUUUUUGUCUGUCGGUAGAGUUGGUUCUACUUCCGAAAACAUUACUCAACAUGUUCUUUACGUCGAAGACAUGGACAAGAAAUCUGCGUUGCUGGAUCUUCUAGCUGCCUCUGACGACGGAUUGACUUUGAUCUUCGUCGAAACCAAGAGAAUGGCCGAUGCUUUGACCGAUUUCUUGAUCAUGCAAGAUUUGAGAGCCACUGCCAUUCACGGUGACCGUUCUCAAAUCGAACGUGAGCGUGCUCUGGCCGCUUUCAGAUCUGGAAGAGCCAGUCUAUUGGUUGCCACAGCCGUUGCUGCCAGAGGUUUGGAUAUUCCAAACGUUACCCACGUUAUCAACUACGAUCUACCAAAUGAUAUUGAUGACUACGUUCACAGAAUUGGUAGAACUGGUCGUGCUGGUAACACCGGUGUUGCCACUGCUUUCUUCAACAGAGGUAACAAGAACGUCGCCAAAGAAAUGAUCGAAUUGCUGACUGAAGCCAAACAAGAAGUCCCAAGCUUUUUGGAACAGCUCGGUAGAGAAAACUAUGGUUCCAGAGGCGGUAGAGGUGGUGGAUUCUCCAGCAACCGUUCCAGCGCCACCAGAGAUGCCCGUCGUAUGGGUGGAGCUCCUGGUGGCUCCUCAUAUGGAGGAAGCAGAGGCGGCAGUUCCGCAGGUGGCGCUAGAGGCGGCUCCUCGUGGGGUUCAUCCUGGGGUGGUUCCGGCAACGGCAACUCUUGGGGUAACAAUGGCGGCAACUCUUCCGCUAGUAACUCCUGGUGGUAA